CUAUGACGAAGCUUCCUCCCCCGAACAAUGGCGUAUAAUACGAUGGGAUGGGCGUGCAACAAUUUAUUCAUGUGAAAAUUCCUAUGCAAGAUUAUAUUUCCAAGAUCAUAAUUUAAUUUAAUUGAAUCAAAUCAAUCCUCCUCCAUACCAUACCAUACCAUUUGAUUUGCUUCAGAAAUGAAUGGUUGAAUGGCGUGUCAACAACAGAUUGAGAAAAUGGGUGAAAGUAGAAGAAAACGCGGGCAAGGGGAUGAUGGGUGGUUAUCUGUUCCUGACGCAACUGAUUCUCAUGGGAAGAAUGAAGAGACUUCCUCUGAUAUGUUGAAGAACACUCCGACAAACAUAAGGAGAUUGGUGGAUGAGAUCGAGCAAUGUGAGGGUCGCCCCAAGUAUCUCGCGCAGACUACAAGUCCGUCUGAUGGCGGUGAUGUUCGUUGGUAUUUUUGCAAGCUUCCCUUGGCAGACAAUGAGCUGGCUGCCGCAGUCCCUCGCACUGAAAUUGUGGGAAAGGGUGAUUAUUUUCGAUUUGGUAUGAGGGAUUCACUCGCAAUAGAGGCUUCCUUUUUGCAGAGAGAGGAAGAGUUGCUUUCUAGUUGGUGGAUGGAGUAUGCAGAAUGUAGUGAAGGUCCCAAGGGCUGUCGUAGUUCUAGUGCUAAAUUGAAUCCACAAUCAAAAGCAUCUUCUUUAGAAAGUGCCCAAUCAGCCCAACGAUAUGCAAUGGAAGAAGAUAGAGUUGGUGUCCCUGUGAAGGGAGGUUUGUAUGAGGUAGAUUUAAAGAAGAGACAUUGCUUUCCUGUUUACUGGAAUGGAGAAAAUCGACGUGUUUUAAGAGGUCACUGGUUUGCUCGUAAAGAGGGCAUCGAUUGGCUUCCAGUCCGUGAAAAUGUCAGUGAACAGUUAGAAUUGGCGUAUUCCAGCAAGGUUUGGAAUCGGAGAACAUUUCAGCCAUCGGGACUUUUUGCAGCUCGAGUUGAUUUGCAAGGCUCCACCCCGGGGCUGCAUGCUCUUUUUACUGGAGAAGAUGAUACAUGGGAGGCUUGGUUAAAUAUUGAUGCCUCUGGGUUUUCCAAUGUGAUUAGUUUGGGAAGGAGUGGCAUUAUGUUAAGGCGUGGAUAUGCUGCAUCUCAGUCACUGAAACUUACUCAGGAUGAAUUACGUCAGCAGGAGGAGGAAGAAAUGGAUGAUUAUUGUUCACAGGUUCCAGUUCGACAUUUAGUGUUUAUGGUUCAUGGUAUUGGCCAAAGUUUGGAGAAAUCUAAUUUAGUAGAUGACGUGAGUAAUUUUCAUCAUAUAACAGCAAGUCUUGCUGAACGGCACCUAACUUCAUACCAAUGUAGCAGUCAAAGAGUUCUUUUCAUCCCAUGCCAGUGGAGGAGGGGCUUGAAGCUAAGUGGUGAAUCGGCAGUUGAAAAAUUAACUUUAGAUGGUGUGCGAGGUCUGCGUGUGAUGUUGAGCGCUACUGCUCAUGAUAUAUUGUACUACAUGAGCCCUAUCUAUUGCCAAGAUAUUAUCAAUUCGCUCUCCAACCAGUUAAACCGAUUAUAUUUGAAGUUCCUGAAGAGGAAUCCAUGUUAUGAUGGAAAGGUUUCCUUGUAUGGUCACUCUUUGGGAAGUGUCCUCUCAUAUGACAUUCUUUGCCAUCAAGAGAAUUUGUCCUCCCCAUUUCCAAUGGACCGGAUGUACAAGGAACAAAAUGAAGAAUCUUCCCCUAUUAUGAACAGCCAAUCUUCUGAAUGCAACUUCACGUCCUGUCAGGACAAGAACUUCUCAGUAAAUAAUGAAACUAUGGGCAUGGAAGUCCCCAUCAAAGAAGACAACAUGAGUGAACAACUAAAAACUUCACCAGUCCUGGAGAAAGAACAAGAAGAAGAUUCUUCUGUUCCUGUUGGUUUUUCAGUCACAUUAGAUUUAGAUGAACAUUCUUUGAGGGCCAUGGACCCUAAGCAACAGGUUUCUGAUUGUAGCAGCAUGCUUUCUUGCAAAGGGGAAGACUUUAGUGAAGCCUCAAGCAUGAACUGUGCAGUCCCUGUGGCCGAUUCAGGGAAACUGUCUGAGGGAGUGUCUGAGAGUGACAAAGAAAAAGAAAUAAAACUGCUGAAAGAAGAGAUAGAUUCCCUAAAAGCAAGGAACACAGAAUUGGAAUCUCAGUGCGGUGCUAAAGGAAAUGAGGCAGUGGCCAAAACUUUUAUAAAUGAACCAAUUUCUGGAAAACUUCCACCUGGACAAAAUGAUACAUCGAAGAUUUAUACUCCUUGUAUAAAAUAUACGAAGUUAGAAUUCAAGGUGGACACUUUUUUUGCAGUUGGAUCUCCCCUUGGUGUUUUUCUUGCCCUCCGCAAUAUUCGUAUUGGUAUUGGCAAAGGGCAAGAAUAUUGGCAGCAGCAAAAUAUAUGUGAAGAGAUGCCAGCUUGUCGCCAAAUGUUCAACAUUUUUCAUCCAUUUGAUCCUGUGGCGUAUAGAAUAGAACCACUUGUCUGUAAAGAAUACAUCAGCAAACGCCCUGUUAUUAUCCCUUACCACAAAGGUGGAAAACGAUUGCAUAUUGGACUUCAGGAAUUUGCUGAAGAUUUAGUUUUACGUUCUCAGGCAGUAACGGAUCAACUAAACUCCGUAAAGGUCAAAAUGCUUACACUAUGCCAAUCAAGAAACAAGGAUAGCCUUGAUGAAGUAUCAGAAGAUACCCAAGAAAAAGAAGAGAGAUCAUAUGGUUCAAUUAUGAUGGAGAGAUUGACUGGUAGUGAGGAUGGGCGAAUAGAUCAUGUGCUUCAAGAUAAAACCUUUCAGCAUCCAUACAUAUCAGCGAUUGGAUCACAUACGAACUAUUGGAGGGAUUAUGAUACUGCCCUUUUCAUACUGAAACACCUGUAUCGAGACAUAGCUGAAGAAACUGAGUUGCUCGAAGAAACCAAAGAUGGCAGCUCAAAAUAUGAAAGCGAUUCAGAUGACUCAUCAGAACAAAGAGAGGCUGUAGAGGAAGAACUUCCUUUAACAUUUGCUGAUAAGGUUUUGAUAAAAAACUUCUCAAGGAAAGCAAAGAACAUUAUGAAAAGACGCUAAAAAUUUCCUCUCCGUUUGGUCUGCAAAAUGUUAGUGCAUUGAGACAUAACAGGUAUUAGUCAGUCUUUGUUUCUAGCUAACAGAUACCUAUUUCUUGUUUCUUCAUGCUGUACGUAGGAAGAAAUUUGUAACAUUGUUUGAAGAAUUACAUGAAUGGAUUCCAUGUUUCUGCAUAGUUUGUAUAUUAAAACAGUGAAUCACCGAAUUACAUGAAUAGUAAAAAAAAUAAAUAAAUAAAUAAAAAGAAGGUUAUUUCGAGA